CCGGUAAAGUUGGGCUAUUUCCGUUUGGGGGGGGGUGUCAUUCCGUUUCGCUGAAUCACAACUCCCCCCACAUCCCCACCCCAAACCACCACAACGCACAAGACUGCAACAAACGAGGCCGUGGCAAGGACACCAGGGAGCAGCGACCAAGCAAAACAAAGCGCCCAAUGAGGGGCUGCCAGAUCAAGAGUGGAUGGGUAAAGCGGGCCAGGCUCGACCCUCAGAGCACAGCUUCCGCCCCCAAAGGGCCUGUCUCCGGCCAGGUGUGCAGAGGCAGCCUCCUCCCUCCACCUGGGGACCAGCCCGGUUCUCCGCAGAGCUCUGGGGACAGCCCGGAAGGUGAGGAAAUGAGGGCGGGGGCGCGCUGCCCCGGCUGAGACAGGAGGACUCAGACUCCAGACAGAGAAAGCGCCGGGCCGGCCCCACAUGAGCGCAGAGGCCGCCCCGGGAACCGCGACUGGGGACAGCGGUGGCCGCGACCAUCACGCCAGGCCCGGACUUACCGGGGCCAGGCUCGCCGCGGGCUCCGCGGCGGCCGCUUCCUCCUCCUCCUCCUCCUCCUCACUUGACAAAAUGGCGGCGACAGGAAGUGCCGGGCGCCUCGGCCCGCCCCCCGCCCGCCCCCGGCCGCCCGCCCCGCCGCGGAGCUCGCGCCCCCCACCCGCGCCCCUGCCCUGUCGACCGGCGAGAGCCAGGGGGCGGCGGCGCCAACGGCGAGGCGCCCGCGAGCCGACAAGCCGCCCCGACGCCAACGGCGCAGGCGGCCCUGGCCCGGCGAGAGCGGCGCGGGGACGCGGGAGGCCCGCAGGCCCAAGCCCGCGUCGCCCCGGCCUCCCCGCCCCCGCGCCGCGCCGAUGGCGUAUGUACUGGCGCACCGGCCCCAUUACGCAAUGCAGGUUACGCGGGCUGCGCCGCAGACCCCGCCAGCUGCCCCUCGCCGCCUGACGCCCCGAAGGGCACCGGUCCUCACCUGAGACGCUAGGCCGCACGCCGCCCCCACCGGCCGUCCGCCGCCCCCUCCUCUUCGGACUGACUGCGCGGGGCCGGGGCCCUUCCGCCGAGCCCGCCGCUCCGCUGUGUUCACAGGCCCCGCUCGCCCGCGGGCACUGCCGGCAGCCGCCGCCACCGCCGCCGCCGCAGCCACCGCUUCGGUUCGUCGGCUUCGGGAGAGCAGAACAAACAGCCCUGCUGCUGCCGCCGCCGCCGCCGCCGCCGCCGCCGCCAGCGCACUGACGUCACCGCGCACGCUGCGCGCGCGACCACGCGCUGCCGCCGCCCGGCGUGCGCGCCCCAAGACCAUGCCCGGUGCGAGCUAGCUUAAGCUAACAGAGAGCCGGGAGGUGAGUGGGGAAAACCCGUGCUUGCGGCCCACACGGAGGUGGGAAUCCCCAUGGACCAAGGGUGGGGGCUGAGGAGAAAUCAUGCAGACCCGAGGGAGGGGACUCUUUAAUCGGAGGGAAGAAAUCCCGCACACCGAAGGAGACAUCUCAGACCGAGGGAAGGGACUCCACAGACCGAGAGAGGACCCCGAAGAUUGAGAGGGAGAGCACCCCGAAGACCGAGGGAGGGGACCCCGAAGAUCGAGGGACAGGACUGAGGCGAGACUGAAAGUUGGGCCUGAGGAAAGAGACCUGAAGGCAGAGGGAAACGUCCAAAAAUUUAUGAAGGGUCUGAUUAUAGACGCUCAAAGAAAGGGAGGACGGCGAAUAGAAACUUCAGAAACCGGUGGCAGAGGCGGAGGCAAGACACCUGUCUGAAGGAGGCUGCGCUGGUGCGGAGGCUGAAGGGUGUUGAAGGAAGCUGGAGGGGGGUGGUGCUGGAACGUUGAGAGAGCUGCGAUGGGCCCUGGGGUGAAAGAAGUGAAAUGAGAGGAGGCUGUGAGCAAGACUGAUGCGGCAUCUUUCUUGGCCGGCUGGCGAGCCACUAAGAUCUAAAGGCUAGAAGGUGUUUGCAUUCUGGGCCUAGAGUCCUCUCCCUCUAGUUGUCCUCCAGCUGACUUCCUUAUCCUUAAGACUCAAGCCACAAUUCAGGUUCCAGAAAACAAAGAGAUUAGACUUAGGUUGCUUACAGUUCAAAAUGACAAUCCUGUUAAAGUUUUCAAAUGGGAAGCCAUAACCUCCUUUCCCCUUUUGCCCUUAUCUUCACUCUUUUAGCAUUUCAAGCCUCGUUUUUUAAAAAUAGCAAACUCGGAGUUCUUGUUGUGG